AAGCGGAAGGACAAUUUUCGAAUCAAUGAAAAAGACGCAAAAACUCUGUUACGAAUUCCUUUCUUUUUGGGGAAAGUGGGAGAAAUAGGGAGAGAAAGAUCAAUGGACCAGGAACCUCCACCGUCACAAAUGCUCCAAAUUUCCACCACCAUGUAAACCCAAUUUCCCUCUUUUCUCUCUCUCUAUUCCGAUUUCCGACACCCCCUUUUCUCUCUCCUACAUUUUUUUUAAUCGGGUUUUUCCUUUGAAUGAACCUGGACUAAAAAUGGCCGAAGGGCAGUUCUUGUUUUCCAAGGAAUUGGAUGUUGCUGUUAGAGUUGUCCAUUUGGCUUGCGCUUUGUGCCAAAGAGUCCAAAAUAGCUUGCUUUCUUCUAAUGGCUCACAGGUUAAUUCCAAAGAUGAUGAUUCUCUCGUCACUGUUGCUGAUUAUAGUGUUCAGGCUGUUGUUAGCCGGAUACUGUCAGAAUAUUUUGGAAGCCAAAAUUUAUCCAUCGUUGCUGAAGAAGAUGCACAAACACUCUCAAAGUCUGACUUAUUGCAGGAAGUGGUGAAUACAGUGAAUGAAAGCAUCUCAGAAGCUCCUAAGUUUGGUCUUAAAAUCUCAAAUGUUCCUGUUGGUCCCAGCCAAGUGAUUGAAGCCAUUGGACGAUGCAGCUCGUCUGGUGGUCCUAAAGGAAGGCAUUGGGUUUUGGACCCUGUUGAUGGAACCCUUGGCUUUGUACGUGGCAAUCAAUAUGCUGUUGCCCUAGCAUUGAUUGAGGAGGGAAGAGUUGUUCUUGGAGUCCUUGGGUGCCCCAACUACCCUGUGAAGAAGGGUCUUGUAAACCAUCAUCAUCAACUUACAUCAGAAAUAUCCUCAGCCUCCCCUGACAUGUGGGAUAAAGGCUGUGUGAUGUAUGCAAAACGAGGCGCUGGUAAGGCAUGGAUGCAGCCAUUGAUUCAUGGAGAAUUGAAGCUUGACUCGUUUGAAUCUGCGAGAUCAAUUCGAGUUUCUUCCGUUAAGGAUCCAGCUCUUGCAACAUUAUGUGAGCCUGUGGAAAAAGCCAAUACAAGUCACUCUUUCACGGAAGGGGUUGCUCACAGUGCUGGACUUAGGAAGAAGCCUUUGCGUGUAUAUAGUAUGGUGAAGUAUGCAGCCAUAGCUAGGGGAGAUGCUGAGAUUUAUAUGAGGUUUGCUAGAGCUGGCUACAAAGAGAAAAUAUGGGAUCAUGCUGCAGGAGUUCUUAUUGUACAAGAAGCUGGUGGUGUGGUAACUGAUGCAGGAGGACGCCCACUGGACUUUUCCAGAGGAAUAUAUUUGGAAGGUCUUGAUCGUGGAAUAAUGGCUUGUUCUGGAGCUGUAUUACAUGAGAAAAUUAUAGGUGCUGUUGAUUCUAGUUGGGAAUGCUCUCUCCUCUGAAGCCUAUUGGAGUAUUGAUGCAUUUAAGAAGGAACGUCUGUACCUCGGUACAUUUGGCUCCAGCAGAAGUUAACCAAUUUUAUCAACUUCUCUCUUUCUGCGCUGACUCUUAGUCUUCAACACACAUUAUCAGAUCACUGAGUCUUUCCUGCAACCUAUCCCUUUCUUUCAUGGAGCAUUUGCACGUUGGCGUGGAGACUGUUGUAGAAGUGGAUCCACUUUGGUAAACUGGUGAUGAAGUUGAAUAGAUUGUUCAGUGACUCAAUCCCAUCUGUGAUCUUCUUCAAGUCCAAGUGUUCCGUUGUAAGCAAACAGACUACUGUAAUAACCAGCAGCAGCGUGGAUAUUGCAUUCACUGCAAAACAAAUGAAUAAUUUUAGUAGCAAGUUCCUUUUGUCCAAGCUUGAUUUUGCUUGAAAACAACUGCGGAGUACUCCAUCCAGAACUCAUGAGUUUUUAAUCCUCCCGAAAUAAGGACUCAGCACGAUUACACAAAAGAAACCCUUUAUCAUAGUUCUGCAAUUGACCCAUGUAUUUCUAUCAUUUCCUCAUAACUCAAUUCCAACAGUGGUACAUGACAAAACAUAUAGCCUAUUACUACGUACUGCAGUAUAUUAGGAAAUGGACACCCAAUAUAUAACUGUCACUAACCAUUUCGGAUGGAGGGUGUAAAACUGAAUGCUAGUACAUGUCUCUGAUUUGACAAGUGAUUAGUCCCUGAUG